CUGUGACGCCAUCAGAGAGCGACGUUAUUCUGCGCCUGCUUGUGCUCUACGCAGUUCGUAGCGAUCUGGAUUUAAUGGAAAUUUCCACUUCGUCAACAACACCAAAACAUUUAUUCAGAUUAAUGUAAUCAGAAAUAUCGAUCUUUAAACGAAAUCUGAAACGUCAGUGAAGAAAAGCAGAGUCACAGUCGUGUAUUUGAACGGAACAAUUCGCGUUUGUGCAGAAACACGUUUGAGUUUGUUUGUAAGUUUGAUCAGAAUCAGCGACUCGUUAGAGAAGUUUUAGGAACGUAAAUUAUCAUUAAAAAUAAUCAAUAAAUCAUCUAUGAUGGAGUAUCACAGUGUCGGUCCAGGAGGAGUAAUGGUUACUGGUAAUAAUGUACCUGCUUUUCUUACAAAACUCUGGACUCUGGUGGAGGAUCCGGACACAGAUCUGUUAAUCUGCUGGAGUCAGAAUGGAACCAGCUUCCAUGUGUUUGACCAAGGCCGGUUCUCAAAAGAGGUUCUUCCGAAAUACUUCAAGCACAAUAAUAUGGCCAGUUUUGUUCGGCAGCUCAAUAUGUAUGGUUUCCGCAAAGUUGUCCACAUCGAGCAGGGUGGGCUUGUAAAACCGGAGAAAGAUGACACAGAAUUCCAGCAUCCGUAUUUUAUCCGUGGACAGGAGCAUCUGCUGGAGAAUAUCAAGAGGAAGGUAACAACAGUGUCCAACAUUAAGCACGAGGAUAUGAAGAUCAACACCGAUGACGUGUCCAAAAUAAUCACAGAUGUCCAGCUCAUGAAGGGCAAGCAGGAGUCGAUGGAUUCGAAAAUCUGCACCCUUAAACAUGAGAAUGAAGCUCUGUGGAGAGAAGUGGCCAGUCUUCGACAGAAACACUCUCAGCAGCAGAAAGUCGUCAAUAAGCUCAUUCAGUUUCUCCUCACACUGGCGCGAUCCAACAGAGUCCUGGGAGUCAAGCGAAAGAUACCUCUCAUGUUGAAUGACAGCAGUACCACACAUUCGAUUCCCAAAUACUCCCGACAGUUUUCCCUGGAGUCUUCUCCUGCUAUGUCUCCCUCCACUACAGCUUUCACAGGAACAGGCGUCUUCGCCUCUGAAAUGCCUGUGAACACGGGGCCAAUUAUAUCUGACAUCACUGAACUUGCACAGUCCAACCCUGUGGCCACAGAAGAAUGGAUUGAAGACAGAACAAGCCCAUUGGUUCACAUCAAGGAGGAGCCGUCUAGCCCCGCCCACAGCCCUGAAGUAGAGGAGCUGUGUCCUGUCGAAGUGGAAGUAGAGGCGGCGUCAAGCAUACCUGUGGACACGCCCCUUUCUCCCACAACCUUCAUCAAUUCAAUCCUUCAGGAGAGCGAGCCCAUCACGGCCCCGAGCCCACCGCCCAUCGAGCAGAAGUGUCUGAGCAUCGCUUGCUUGGACAAUUAUCCUCAGAUGUCUGAGAUCUGUCGCUUUUUCUCCAGCCUCCCCACCUCUUCUCUUCACCUCAGGCCUCAUUCCGGGACCGAACUCAGUGAUCAUCUGGAGAGCAUCGAUCACGGCUUGGAGAACCUUCAGCAGAUCCUAAACGCUCAGUCUAUUAAUUUCGACAGCUCACCCUUGUUUGAUAUUUUCACAUCUGCCGCCGCCGACGUGGAUCUCGACAGCCUGGCCAGUAUCCAGGAUCUUCUGUCUCCUGAUCCAGUGAAAGAAACGGACUCCGCUGCAGACUCAUCCGAUUCAGGUAAGCAGUUAGUUCAGUACACGGCUCAGCCCCUCAUUCUUCCCGACCCCAUCGCCACGGAAACCACUGGGAAUGAGUUGCCCAUUCUUCUUGAGCUAGAGGAUGACUCUUAUUUUGAAACUGAACCUGCUGAAGAUCCGACCAUGUCACUUUUGAACUUCUCCACGUCCCCGUAACCCUAAACUAUUAUAGAGAGUGGCAUUGAAAAGGGAUUUUUGUCUGUGUGGGUUUUGUAUAAUUUUAUUCUCUGCAUUUUAUUUUAUGGUCACAUUAAACCUAGCCAUGGUAAUAUUACACAAUAUUUCACUUUUAGUCUGGGGAGGUUUUUCUUAAAACCAAUCGAGAAAAUUCAGUAUUCCUUUCAGAGAAUUGAUGCAUCAAAGUACGAAGGUUUGUCAUUCAGAUCUGGAUUUAUAUUACUUAUAUUUUGACCACACUGGAUUUAUAUUAAGAGAAGUGUUGUUAAAGUAUACAGUACAACCUUAUAAACCUGUUUGACUCCCAUAUACACCUGUGUAUAAAAUCCUGAGUUCAUUUUCCUGCUGGUCUGGUUGAAUAUUAUUAUCAAAUGUUUGACACCCGGGUCUCAUCCUGUCGACUACGCCAAGUUUUUAAUAUUUUCUUUUGCAGUAUGUAACGUUGCAUCAUCUCAUGGAUGUGAGGUUAAAGCAAAAAAUUGUAAAUAUAUAUAUAUAUAUAUAAAUAGAGAAACAACACAACAAUUGUGUUGUACUUCAUUCAGCACCUUCGUUAGCCGGAAAACACGUUUGAUCUGAUCAGACAAACAUAAAACGGACAGUAAAUUAAUGUUACCUAAACCUGUCUAACACUCACCCGCUGUCUUUAAAGCCAUAGCUGUUACUCAUCAUAUAAUGUGUGAUGUUGGAUAAUAAUGAUGAUGGUUAUGUUUUAUGAGAAAUAUGCCAGUUGAAUGUGCAUAUGUAGUAACAUUUUGUAUUAAAAUAAGUCUCUAUUUAACAGUGCAGCCACAACAGGUGAUCAGUGUAUAUAAGAGAUCCAGACAUAUUUAAAUAUAUAAGCUGACAAAACACUGUUUUGAAUUACAUAUUUCACAUGACUGAAAUCUUCAACAGGUGUAAUAUUUAAUUGGCAGGUUUUUUCCUUUUGUUUUUCUUUAAUAACACGAGUUUGUAUAAUGGCACCCAUCACCUCGGUACAGGAAUUGAUUUAAUAACAAUUGAAUUUGAAGAUUUGUGCAAUAAUUCACAUCUUUGCGUGCUUUGCUGAAUUGGAUACUAAAAUACCAAAAUGAAACUUGUAUUUUUUUGUGUGAUUUGUACACAUGUUGAGCCCUAGAGACUUGUAUUAGAUUAUUUUUGGAUGGUGGUUGCAGGAGAUGAACUAGGAGAAGAAUGUCAAAUCAUCUUUAUCUGUCAUAAUUUUAGUCAUUGGAUGACUGUCAUAACCAGAGAGACAUUAAUAUUAGACAAAUUAUUUUAUUACGCAUGUGAACAACACUUUGUGUAUUGGUAUGUUUUAAAUAAAAUGUUUUUUGAAAAUAAA